AUGGCAGCAGGCGGCCGGCAGGCCGGGCCCAUGCCGGACCCCGGCCGCUAUGUGGUGUCCCGGCCCAUAUACAGCGAGACGGCCUUUCAGGAGGAGAACGAGAAGAGAGCGCACCUGCAGCCGACCCUGCGCGAGCGAGUCCAGGGAGCCUGCAGCUGUUCAAGAAAAAAGGCCUUUCAGAUAACCAAGUCCUUUCUCCCUAUCCUGGAAUGGCUACCUAAGUACAGAGUAAAGGAAUGGCUAGUUAGUGAUAUCAUCUCUGGUGUCAGUACGGGGCUUGUAGCUACUUUACAAGGUUUGGCAUUUGCUUUACUGGUUGCAGUUCCUCUUGGAUAUGGUCUCUACUCUGCGUUUUUUCCCCUCCUGACAUAUUUCUUCUUGGGAACAUCAAGGCACCUCUCAGUUGGACCUUUCCCUGUGGUCAGUUUGAUGGUGGGAUCUGUUGUGUUGAGCAUGGCACCUGAUGACAAGUUCCACAUAAUGAGCAGUAAUGCUACAGGGCUUAACAAAACGCUGAUAGACACUGUAUCCAGAGAUGCACAGAGAGUAGUGAUUGCCAGUACCCUCACAUUUCUGGUUGGAAUUAUACAGCUUGUGUUUGGAGCCCUUCAGAUCGGUUUCAUUGUGAGGUACCUUGCAGAUCCCCUGAUUGGAGGAUUCACAACUGCAGCUGCUUUUCAAGUUUUUGUUUCACAACUGAAAAUAGUCUUAAAUGUUUCAACCAAAAAUUAUAAUGGGAUCCUUUCCAUAAUAUAUACCCUCAUCGAAAUAUUUCAAAGAAUUGGUACCACCAACAUUGCAGAUCUCAUUGCUGGGCUACUCACCAUUUUUAUUUGUAUGGUAGUUAAAGAAAUAAAUGAUCGAUUCAAACACAAGAUCCCUGUUCCUAUUCCUAUAGAAGUAAUUGUGACAAUAGUAGCCACAGGGAUCUCAUACGCUGCUGACCUGGAAAAAAAGUACAAUGCAGGCAUUGUUAAAACCAUUCCUAGAGGGUUUUUACCUCCUGAGCCUCCAGCUGUCAGUAUGUUUUCAGAAAUGAUAGCAGCCGCAUUUUCCAUUGCUGUGGUCGCUUAUGCUAUCGCUGUGUCUGUGGCAAAAGUCUAUGCAACGAAACAUGACUAUCCUAUUGAUGGAAACCAGGAAUUUAUUGCCUAUGGGAUCAGCAAUGUGUUUGCAGGCGCUUUCUCUUGUUUUGUUGCUACCACCGCUCUAUCACGUACUGCUGUCCAGGAAAGCACUGGUGGGAAAACCCAGGUUGCUAGCAUAAUCUCAGCAGGGAUUGUACUGAUUGCCAUUGUGGCUCUGGGGAAACUGCUAGAGCCCUUACAGAAGUCUGUGUUGGCAGCUGUUGUCAUUGCCAACUUGAAAGGGAUGUUCAUGCAGGUGUUUGAUGUUCCUCGUUUGUGGAGGCAGAAUAAGGCGGAUGCUAUGAUCUGGAUUUUCACAUGUGUGGCAUCCAUCAUUCUGGGUCUUGAUUUGGGAUUACUUGCUGGCCUUGUAUUCGGAUUACUGACAGUUGUGGUGAGAGUUCAGUUUCCCUCGUGGGGUGGCCUUGGGAACGUUCCUGGCACAGACCUCUACAAGAACGUCAAGGACUACAAAACUGUUGUUGAACCAGAAGGAGUGAAGAUUCUCAGAUUUUCCAGUCCUAUUUUUUAUGCUAAUAUAGAUGGAUUGAAAAGCAGCCUGAAAUCCACCGUGGGGUUUGAUGCAAUUCGCGUGCAUAACAAGAGGCUCAAAGCACUGAGGAUGAUACAGAAACUGAUCAAGAAGGGAAAAUUAAAAGCAACUAAGGUCCAGUUCCAGCUACCGCCGGCGGCGCGUGAUGGAGUGGCGCUCGAGGGGUCCUUCCUGGUGUCCUACCAGGGGGCCCACCACCGAGUCCAUUAUUCGACGGGGGAGGCCCGGUGCUUCCUCUGCCGGGCGACGGGGCAUGUCUGGAGGGACUGUCCCUUGGCCCAGCACGGAGGGGCAUCCGGGACCCCCGGGACCCGGGAGGGCGCCGGCCCUGUCACCGCCGGCGACCCUGGUGGCCCGGUUGCCACUGUUGCCGCCGCCCCUCCUCCCUCUACCGUAGUCCCCGCUCGGGCCGCGGGGACGGCCGAGCGGGCGGGCCUCGCCCCCAUCGAGUCUAGUUCGGCGGGGCCCGUGGAGGAAAGGGCGGGGAGGCCUCUGCCAGCUGCGGGAGAGGGCCCGCUCCAGGGGGCGGUUUCCCUUCCCCCCGCUGUCCCGCCCUUGCUGCCCCGAGCCCCGAAACCAUCGUCCUUGCCCUCUGGCCCUGCCCCUGCUGACCGGCCCUCCACCUCCACUUCCACCUCGGAGGGCUGGGUGACUGUCCGGGGGAUGCGCGGCGCCCGCAGAUCGCGGGCUCGAUCCCUCCCCUCCGAUGAGGAGGGAGAGCAGGCCCCCCGAAAGAUGCUGCGGGGGGCUGAGGUUGUUAGCUCUUCUACCGCGCCCCCGGACGGUGCCCAGCAGGAGGUGCCGGCCAUGGACACCGUGGCAGCGGACGGAGAAACUCCUGCCCCCCUUGUCGAGCCCCCCCACGAGGAGGCUCUGGUGGCGAUUCCCUCGGCCCUUGUUCCGCCUGUGCCCCCCGCCGCCGCCGGUACCAGGGUGGUUGUUGUCGUCUCUGUGACUGGCGGGGAGGUUGCCGGGACCGAGUUCAUCUCCAUCUUUGAUGAGAUCGAGACCCUGGUCGAGAGGAGCCGCACCCUAGCGGCUCGGUUGGCGGAGAUCCAGAGCCCGUUCCCGUCCCUGCCCCUGUCCCUGAUCCUGUCCCUUCUUCUGCCCCAGUCCCAGUUCCUGCUUCAAGCCCUGUCCCUGAUCCUGUCCUUGCCCCCGAUCCUGCCCCUGAGGGGCUGCAUUGUUCCCUCCGCCGCCCUCUCCUUUGCCGGGGAUGGGGAUGGGCUGCCCGGCGCAGCAGUGCCGGAGCUCGGCCCCUUGUUUGCCCGUCUCUGUGGGCCGCGAGGACCUUUCAGGGGCCCCACCGGAGGAUGGCGGCGACUUGGCGGCUGCCUCCCCCCUGCGCUGAAGGAUGAGCUGCGCCUCUUUCUCUCGGACACCCGCGGCUCAAAGGGCAAGGUGCAGCUCGCCCUUCAGUGCUGGGGGGAUUUCCAUCGUGUCCUCCGGGCCGUGAAGGCGCUUUUGGGGGAGGGGAGAGGGACCGGGCGGCAGGACAUCGCAGCCUAUCGGAGGGCCCGCAAGUUCUGCGACUCCCUCUUGACCUUUGGGGUCGAGACCGGGUUCUUGCGGGGCUCGCUGGAGGCCGUCGAUUCCCCUGCCCAUGAGGAUCCGCUCCAGCCCUCACUAUGA